UAAUGUCCUAUCCUAUAUAUAUGAGGUCGGCGUGGAUCGAGACACAGUAACCAGUUGUCUGCAUACAAGUUUACAAGUCAAUAUGGUGCGUCUCACAGUGGUAAUACCAUUUUUGUUCCUGGUCGCCUGCGUCUGCACAUAUCCAUCUAAAACACCAGAUAAUGAAGAAUUAUACGAUGACCGCAACAAUAUAAAUAAUCAAAGUUUAAGUUUGAGAAGGCAACCAACAUAUAAUUACAAUAAUAAUGGAUCAGGCAGCGUUGGGCAGACACAAAAUACAAGCAUUACACAACACUUUGGAGACAUCAACUACGGUAAUAAUGCAACCUCAGAACCAGCCCAUAUAGUUAAUAUCGACGGUGGUUUAGCUAAUGGAGGGGCCAGCUAUGGAAGUGGUAAUGGUGGAAAUGGUGGCUUCAGUAAUGCUUAUGGAGGUCGUGAAGUACCUGCACACCAAGGCUGGCUGUCCCGUGUGUUGAGUGAAAUAGGCUAUCAAUAAGAUGUCAAGUGUAUGGCGGCCAAAAUAGAUUUAAGGUUAACAUUUAAGGUCAAACCACUGCAAAAAAUAAUUUAAUAAAUAAAUAAAGUAAAUAACCCUUUUGUAAAUAGAGCAUACACAACUUGCAGAA